AUGGCUCAAAACGUCAACCAUCAGCAUCCCAUGAAUCAGCCCGGCAAUCCGGUGAACGACAUGUUCGCUCAGUACGUCCAGAUGGGCAAAUCAGCACUCACCCGUGACGAUCAGCCAAUGGCAGACUUCGCUCUCAAGUCGUUGCAAGAGCUUUCGGUCAAGCGAGACCUCUUCCGCCUGUAUUGGGGCAUCGCCGAUCCCAAGGGCAGAGACCUUCAGUCCGCAUAUCCGACCGGCCUCAGAGCACCGCCUGGCACGCCUCUGCCAGAAGUCGAGCCCAGCCAGUCUCUUGAAGAAGCAGGUAUUCAGUUACCCACUCACGCUCCGCAAAUUCCGGGAUAUCAGCCAUCUCCUGCUGCAGGUGGUCAGAGGCAGCCACGAGCACCCCGACCACAGCACUCACAGCAGCUUCCUCAGCAACCACGUCCCGUCGUGGCACCAAGCGGCACCAAUGUCGCGCAACCUCCUCAGCAACCCCUUCAGCAACCCCGUCAGCAACCCCUUCAGCAGGCCCCUCAGCAGCCACGUCUCGGUGGUGCAUCAAGCGGCAUCAAUGUCGCUCAAUCCCCUCAGAACCCUCAGCAACCACGUCUCGGCGUGGUAUCAAGCGGCAUCAAUGUCGCGCAACAGAUGGGUCCCGCGGGGUGUGAUGGCAAUGCCCCUACCCCGUUGAAGAUGCCGUUCAACGCCACGGCCAAGGCAUCGGCCAGCAAGGCACUUUCGAAUGAAGUGCCCAAGAAGCAGCCCACGGCUCCGAGGGGCUUUGGUGCCGUCCCGAUCGCGCUUGCUCCUCGCGGUGGUCGUCAGUCCAGCGUUCGUCGACCGCCUAUGGCCAUCGACGAAUUUCCGAUCGGCGGCACUCCCGAUGAGAAGCGAAUCUUUUACGAGUCGCACAAGAUCAUGCUGCGGUGCGCCCGAUGCUGCGCAUACAACCUUCAGUGCGAUCACGACUGCCUUCGUCCCGGCGGCUGCUCCGACUGUCGGGCAGCGGGCGCAACAUGCGCCAUCAAGUUCGCCCAAGAGCACGAUCGAAAGCAGUGCAAGUUCACCGACAACUGCUAUCAGUUGCAUGAAGAAGAUAUGGAUAUCUUCGAUCAGCUCGCACUUACGUUCAAGUAUGUGUACGAGCCCGUUUACUGGGAUUGGACUCCGAUUCCUUAUCUUCAGCGACCUCCGCACCCCAAGAUCAAAGGCCGCCACAUGGCCGACGGAGAGUUACCCCCGCCGGGCCUCAUGUUGCCCUAUAGUUAUCACAAUAAGCACGGCACCUUGGACACCCAUCUCGCCGACAAGUGGUACUACGAACAGUGGGACCCCGAGUUCUUGCGCCGCAACGAGCGUGCGAUUCAGUCGUUCAGGAACGCAUUGCGUUUAUGCAAGAACGACCCUGACCAGAUCUUGGCGCUCAAGGCCGAGCCGACGGUCAAGACUCAGUAUACGGAUACCAAGAGCAUUCCGUCUCAUCCUCAUCAGUACCGCGCUCCUGUCAGUCAGGCAGGGCAAACCACGGUUGCGUUGCCAAAGCAACAAGAAGACGCAGGUCAAGGACAGCAUCCUUCUGCGCAAUCUCAGUCAAGCGUCAGUGCUGAGGGAGCUGGUCUUGCGACCCAAACUCAGCCCGUCGCUAGCGGUGGAUUGAUGGGAGGCUUGUCUGGACCUUCUACUCCACCCACGUUCUCUCCGCUCAAGAAGAGCAGGUCGCCAUCAGCCUUUGUUCGCUCCUACGGCGGAAUUGCCGAUGAAGACACUCUUACGUCAAGCAUUCCUCCUUUCGGAAACCCUGGGUUGGGUCGAUCUCGGAAGUCCACCAGUACUGGUGCAACUCCAUUUCUGUCUUCCAUCAAUCGGUUCAGCGCUUUCAGUUCGCCUUACGCCAGCCUUCACUCCGAUGACGACCAGUUUGCUCUUCCAGACUUCGCCGAUCGCUUCGCACUCUUGGAAGUUGCUGAUCCCAAGACAGCGAUCACUUCCGAGCAAGAAGAGGCCAUCAUCGCCUCGCACGCGGCAGCUGCUCCGGCAGCUCCAUCUUCCUCUCCCGCUGGCGGCGCUGCAGUCCCUGUCAUUGCUGACAACACUGCUGAUGCCAAGCAAGAGCAGGCCAAAGCCGAUUUGGCCGAGCGGGAGAAGGCCAAAUCUGAUUUGGCCGACCUCCAGAACAGCUUGGGGGACUGA